UAAUGCAGGCAAAAGGCUUAAUGUUUUUUGUUUUAUUUUUGUGACAGAGAGUCGUACUGUACAGUUAACAACAGGUUACAAUGACAGUGAUCUAGAAAACCAGGAAUUUCCCGAACCUAAACCCGAUUACUCUGAUGAUGACUUUCAGUUGCAGCCUCGUAAAGCAGGGAAGAGAAAAGGAACAGGAAAGAGAACUCUGUCGAAUGGCUCUUCUCAAAAUUCUCAACAAGACGAUCCUAACUCAAGAUACUCUACACGUGCUCGGACCGGAACUAUCAAAAUGCGGAAAUAUACCAAUGAAGGGUUCUUCACAGAUGAAGAUGAUAAUGAAAAUAUGAUAAAUAAAGCUGACACAAAUAGUGCUAAAAGAUCUCAAAACAAUGGUGCUCGGUCAUUCGGCCGGGCACAUGGUAGUCAGGAGCCAACGGCAGAAAGUGAGGGAGAGAGUGAUAGUGACACUGAAAUUGAAUCUCCGACGUUGCCCACCAGAUCUCGGACUAGGUCUCCGGUAAGGUCACCGGUUAGGUCACCAGCAAGACAAUCUAAACGUGGCAGGCGUCUUAUAAAAGUAGAAUCAAUGAAUGAAGAUGAACUAAGUGACACUGAAAGCGAUACGGAAUCGGAUACACCAAAACGUUCAAGAAAACGCGUAAGAGGCAGAAAAAAUAAAGACCGGAGAAAAAGAAUUAAAAGAAAUAGUGAACCAGUUAAAAAGAAAAGAAAAACACGUGCAAAUACUGAUUCAGAAUCUAAAACUGAAGAUGACAGUAAAUCUGAAGAGGGAUCCAGUCCAGAAGAAGAAGCAGAAGAUGACUCUAUCACGGAAGACUUGAAUUCAGACGAUCAUAGUCCAGUGACAAGGUCACGGGCAUCUCAGGGAUCUCAAAAUACACGGGGUCAUUAUAGUGAGAGUGACUCAAGUCCACCAGGUAGACUUUCACGAUACGAGAAUUCCAGUCAUGAGUCACAGCAUUUCGUUUCAGGGUCUCGGCAGGGUAGGCGAACUCGGAAUCAGGGGAAAUCUACAAUAAAGUAUACGGAAGACAGUGGGAAUUCGGAGAGUGAUGAUACAAGUGCUGUGACUGUAAGUCAACGGGGUCGUGUGCGCAGACCAACAGCCCGUGCGCGAGCCAUGUAUGACUAGUGUUCAGUGAAAAAAACAAACUAGAAAUACCAUUGAUAACUAAUUACCUCAGAUUAUGAAAUUUAUGUAACAAGAUGACUUCCAAUUUUCAAAAUGUUACGAUGUUUAUAUGUGAUACGUAGCAAAAAAAUUUAUUUGAACAAAGUGAGAGAGAAAAAAUGUUACGUUUUAUAUGAGAAUUUUGAGAUUUUUUUUUUUUUAUUUGCCGAGAAAUGUGCUUUGGAUUUUCUAGUUAGCCAUUUACAAAUGUGUUCAAUUUUUGUGAGGUCAUAUAACACCAUUUUUUCAUAUAAAUUUAUUUGUUUCAGUUGUGUCAUGUCUGUCUAGAUUGUUUCUUAUAUUUAAUUUUUUUUUUUUUUUUUGUCUAAAAUUUAUAAGUUUUGGAUUCUUAUAUUUAUAACUUGUUUUCAUAAUAGAGUAUCAUACAUAAAUGGUAAUAUAUUGGAGAAAAUAUAUCAAUUUUUUUUUCUUCUUCUUCUAGUCAACUUUGCUUUCCCUGUGUGAAAUCAGUCAAGAGUAAACAAGUCAAAAUGGCCCACAGGUUCAUUUCCAUUUUUUAUCAAAGAUUUGAAUUAUUUUAAUAAUUAAAACUGCUACAUGGACUGAAAAAAAAUAUCUUAAGUAAUAAGUAAUUUACAAUUUCCAAUAGAUUGUUUGGGGUGUUUUUUUUUUAUUUUAAAAAGAAAUUUAAGAUUUCAUAAUUUUAUAUUCAUUAAAAUUUAUUUAAAAUCUAAAAUAUAUUUUUCCACUAUUUUUUUUUUAUUGUAUUAAAAAAAAAACAUCCAUUAUAAUGAAUAUUUUACACCAGAUGCAAGAUAAUCCUUAGAUAAGGUGACUAUGCCUUUCUGUCAAAAAUAUGUUCUUUAACACUGAUUUUUUUUUCAAAUUCUACUUAAAUUUAAAUUAAGCAAUGGUUGCAUUUUACACAGGGGAUAAUAAUGUGUUUCGGUACUGACAACCACUUGAAUUACAUGUAAGACAAAAACGUCGUUUUUCUGGUGUCAUUUUUUUUUUAUUUCAGUUUUUGUUUUUCAAAAGUAAAAUAAAAUUGAUCAUGUAUGACUAACCUUUUUGCUCCAUUUUGAAUCUUUUUUAUGAAUUUACGUAAUUUAUACUUUUAAGAAAAUUAAUGAACUCUGUUGCGAGAAAAUUUUACAAUUUCAAGAGUGAAAGACUUCUUAGCUGUUUGUGUUUAUAUAAAGUUAUUUUUUGAAGUUAUCUUUAAAGCAGGAUUGAUCUUGGAUAAAACAGGAUUUAUUCAUGAAUUUGGUUUCUACAUUUCAACAGAACUUUUGAAAUAAAGACAUCCAACUGCAGAUCAUUUCUUUCAUAUGUUUUGUUAAAGAUAUUUUACAAAAUGUUUAAAAUAUACUUUUAUAUAAAUA